GUAAAAUCCAGCCACAUUUGUUUUUCUCACUCCAUCGACUUUGUUUCUUCGCAACAUGGACAACCUUAAGCUGAAUCCCUUACAGAUUCCAGAAAUCCUCUUACUCAUUGCUGAGCUGCUCGAGCGAAGCGACCUUCUGAACUGUAUCCGCGUCUCCAAGGCUUUUCAUAAAACUCUUAUCAGCCUCAUAUGGAGGAAAAUCACUGUCGGACCGCAAGGAGAUCCUAAUAGUAAAGCAGUACAGAAGCACAAGGAAUACAUUGAAGAGAUAACAUUUGAGUCUUACACCUUUAAGGCUUCUUUCCCAAAGAAGUAUGGAUCACUGCAGGGACUCAAGUCUAUCGUAUUUGGAGAUGAAUGUAAAUGGUCCAAACCAAUCCACCUUUUCAACCAUAUCAAGGCUUAUGGCUCCAUCAUCACUAGCCUUUGCUUGAACGAAAAUAUUAAGUUUUCGUGUUCGUCAGAGCUCUGGGAGGCUUUAUUGGAAUGCAUCAAUCUCAGGCACUUGGAGGUUUAUGGCAAAGUUAUUGAUGUUGGAGCCGAUCUAUUCCUUCAAGUAUGCAAGAGACUUCAUCACUUGAAAUUGGAAGAAGUGUCCAUCCAGCUACCUAUCAACUUCUUUAGUAAUGAGGACAGCGAGUAUAUUUUCCCAAACAUACGCACACUGUGUAUUUCGAAUGUCAGGGUAACCAACCCUCCGCAUCCGUACAGCAGCUGGUAUUGCCUCGGGAUGUUAGUAAGGAAUUGUCGAGCAUUGCGUUCAUUGGACAUUGAGAGCUGGGACGAAGAAGAUCAGUCAGACUUCUACAGGGUAUUCCUUCAGCACCCUUGGGCUCUGAAUAACUUGUCAGAUCUAUGUUCCUGUGAGAUAAUAGAAGACAAGGAUAUGGCGGCAAUUCUCAGACGGAUGACAGGAUUAAGGCAGUUAGACCUCCCUUAUGCUAUAUUCGAUCAGCUCUCUUUGCAAGAGUUGCUAGCUGACAAGCAAGAAGUGAUGGAUAAUGGACAGCUAGUACAGAAGACAAGGCUUCGGAGACUCUGUGAGACAGUUGAGACGUUAGUGCUCGCUGGAGAUAGCAGUGUUGCUCAGGCUAUUUUAUCAAAUUGUCCACGACUGAAGAGACUGGAAGGAUCUAAAACUACAGUAUCAGAGAUUGUCAAUGGAGCAGAAUGGGUAUGUAGUGGAUUGACUCACUUGAGUAUCACUCUUGAGGCAGAUAUUGAUCAAGAGACUGAAGAAGGGAUGGCAAAGGCACGUAUUGCGUUUAAGCAGCUUGGCAAGCUGACUCGGCUAGAACAUCUUGACCUAACACAGCUCUACAGUCGGACACUGGACAUAAGACUAAGAGCAGGUCUGGAUGAACUAGCCAAUCUGAAGAGACUAGAUACGCUAAGGGUUACAGAUUAUCAGCAGCGAAUGCAGCUUGAGGAUGCGACAUGGAUGGUGAACAAUUGGCCAAGAUUUAGAGGCGUGCAUGGUGUUCUGAACGGCGAGGAAGAUGCAGCUGCUUUGCUGGAAGAGUUCUUUGAAUCACAUAACAUAAUCUAGAUAAUAAUGAAGGUAAUAAGAGCCACCACAGUAAUAAAAAUAUGUACAAAGCAUUGCAUCG